CUGCGAAUUAAGCUGCUCCUUCGACUUCUUAAACCAAACGAACCCGGUUGAUCCCCCAAUGGCUGGAACCCUACUGAACAAACCGGGUUUUCGCCACCUCCUGACCCGAUUCACCACCUCACGGCGGUCUCUCCAAACCCUAGCCUACGAAGAAGUCCGAGCCACCACCGCCACGCCCUACCACUCCACCGCUUUCGUACUCCACGGCCUCCUCGGCUCCGCCAGAAAUUGGAGAUCUUUCUCUCGCACCCUCCUCUCCAAUAUCUCCGAUCCUUCUGGGUGGAGAUUGGUGCUUGUGGAUUUGAGGAACCAUGGGAAAUCGGCUGGCCUCGAAGGCCUGAACCCGCCUCAUGACUUGGUCAAUGCAGCACAAGACUUGGCUGAUUUGGUUAAGUCUGAGAAUUGGGGUUGGCCUGAUGUUGUUCUUGGUCACUCCAUGGGUGGUAAGGUGGCUCUGCAGUUUGCUCAGAGCUGUGCUGCUGGCCACUAUGGUGAUCACGCUAAGUUGCCUAAACAGCUGUGGGUAUUGGAUUCUGUUCCAGGAGAAGUGAACCCUAUACACAGUGAUGGGGAUGUUGAGAGAGUUUUGAAGACAUUGCAGGGACUACCUUCAACAGUUCCAUCACGAAAGUGGCUUGUGAAUCAUAUGAUAGAACUUGGGUUCUCAAAAUCUUUGUCAGAAUGGAUAGGCACCAACCUCAAGAAAGUUGGAGAUCAUGAGACAUGGGCAUUCAAUCUUGAUGGUGCUGUUGAGAUGUUCAAAUCAUACCGGGAGAAGUCAUACGUGCCUCUGUUGGAGCAUCCUCCAAAAGAUAUGGAAAUAGCUAUUGUGUGCGCUGAGAACAGUGAUCGUUGGGACCCAGAGGUGAUUCAGCAGCUUGAAAGCCUUGCUAGUCAGGAAAGAGAUGGGUCGGAGGGGAAGGUUUCACUUCAUGUUCUUCCCAAGUCAGGGCAUUGGGUUCACGUGGAUAAUCCAAAAGGUCUUCUUGAGAUUGUGGCACCAAAGAUUUCAUCCCUUUCGAAUUAGCCUAGUUUAUAACAUCUUAUGGAUUAGCAAAUUAUUUCCUAUCAUUUUUGCUGGCAUCCAGCAACUUCAUGGGAUGAAUGAGGCUAUGCUAAUAAUUUUGAUACUGAAAUUCUAGCAUUGUAUGUAUAGGACAAUCGCAAAAUUCAUGCUUGUAGCCUUGCAAAUCUAUAGUUUUAUGAUUUUGGAGCUAUUUUUCUUGUUAAUUUCUUCUCCAAGAUUAUGAGGUGCUAGUUUUAGCCCCAUAUAAAAUUCAAUGUCAAAUACGUAUCUUAUGUAAUAAGGAUUCAGUUGAGUCAGUUAUACAUUUAUGAACCAUCACUUAUCUC